GUCAAUUAAAAGCCAACGCAGGCAACAGUAUAGCGCAGCCCACUUUAUCCCUGUUAUAAUCUUUUAAAAUAAAAAUACAACUAUGUCUUCGGAUUUUGAAGCGUACGAACAGGAUUUCGGCACCCUCACGGCCGAGAUAACCAACAAAAUUGGAAGAAUACCCAAAUUAGCUGGUGAGGAGAAGACACAGCUGGUUCUAAAUGUCGACAAACAGCUUGAAGAAGUCAGAGAGUUGCUGGAGCAAAUGGAUCUGGAAGUUCGAGAGAUCCCUAUCCAGAGCAGAGGCAUGUACAACAGCCGUCUGAAGAGCUACAAGCAAGAGAUGGAGAAACUUGAGAAAGAUUUUAAAAGGUCACGUAUUGCCUACAGUGAUGAGGUGCGCAACGAGCUCCUGGGGGAAGAUGGCAGCUCCUCGGAGAGUCAGAGAGCACAUCUGUUGGACAACACAGAGAGGCUGGAAAGGUCAUCUCGGAGGCUGGAAGCUGGCUAUCAGAUAGCUGUGGAAACAGAGCAAGUAGGACAGGAGAUCCUCGCCAACCUGCACAGCGACCGUGAGAAAAUCCAGAUGUCCCGUGAUCGACUGAGAGAGACUGAUGCUAACCUGGGCAAGAGCUCUCGCAUCCUGACUGGCAUGCUGAGAAGGUAAGCGGAAGGAUCAUUCAGAAUCGUGUCCUGGUCUUCAUCCUGGGUGCCAUCAUCCUCCUCACCAUAGUCUUGGCCAUCUAUUUCAAUUUGCGAGGGCACUGAUCUCCACCGACUGGCCCUAUGUGUGCUUGCGUGAGUGUGUACGAGCGUGUGUGUAAGAUUAAUAGUGACAAAAGCGUUGGGCUAGAGUAAUUAGGACAAAUUGUUCACAUGAAUCAUUCCUGGUGGGCAGUGACAGGGGGCCUCUCCUCUCUGCUCCUGAGCGAGGCCAUGCCUACCCUCUCUCCCUUCAAAUUUAUACUACAUCUAUUAAUUUUAAAACCCUUGUAUGGUAUCUACACAUGACUGACCAACCUAUAGAGAAGCCCUGCAUGUACGUGUGGACAACAGGACCAUGAUGGAAGUAUGAGAACAACAGAUGGAUAAAGAUUAGGAAGAUGAAUGUUAAUGUAUGUCAUAACCUACUGUUUUACAGUAAAGUAGUUACAAUUCUGUCAUCAUUUACUCACCCUCAUAUUUUUCUAAACCAGUAUGAAUUACUUUCUUCCGUCAAACUUAAAAGGAGGGAUGUUGAAUAAUUUUCGGAUAUCCCCAAAAAUGGGGACUGAAGUAUGAUAAAAAAAAUGUUAGAUAGUUUUUGAGACUUUUAUUGCGCUUUUGCACCAUGUUUAAAUCCCUGUUCUUUGUAAUUGCGUGGAAAAACAUCUAGUAUAUUCUUCUAAAUUUCUCCUUUUGUCUGCCUUUGAGAAAAACAGUCAUACAGGUUUGGGUGAGUAAAUGAUGAAUUUAAUAAUUGGGUGAACUAUUCUUUUAUUAUUUAGUUUAAAUGUUUUUGUUUUUUUUGUUGGCUGCAAAGGGUUUAGGGGGCGUCAGAGCUGAAAGCUGAUGUAUACUAGUAAAAUACCAUCCUUCAGGUAUGUGUGUGAUGGAGACGUACACAAGGCAAGGCCCCUGGUGCAGUACCAUUUAGCACAUGGUGCAGAAUCACACACUACACACAGCCCAAAGGUCACACGCCCGUCUCUCAGUCCCCCUUUAUCCAGGAUUAGUAGCUACUCACGCUGUUCCUCUAAGGUCAGCGAAGACCUCGCAUGUGUUUAGUUAAACCAGCAGGACUGCUUUGAACAAGAAAACAUCCGUGUCCACUCUUACCUUUACUAAUCAAAUCUGACAGCAUGAUAUUAACUGAAGUCAAUUGUACUAAUAAGAAUUGUGUAAUGUAUUUAUUCGUCUUGUUUCAGAUGGUUGAUUGUAUUGUAUUUUUCGCUGUUUUUCUUUUUCAAUUUAUCUGAAAUUUAUUUUAGCAAUAGGUGUAUGACAUUAAAAUAAUUUCAUUUGUCUAUACUGUAAAAAUCAUCUGAGUGUGUUGUAAAUGUGUAUCAUUAUUCCUAAAGGGGGGACCAACUAGCAAGCAUCAGUAUGAAAAUAUUCAAAAUGUAGAGUUUGCUCCAGGCUUUCACCUGCUGUUUGGGUAUUAGCAUAUAAGAAAUCAGGGAAAGAUGACUAUGUACUUAUUGUACAGUUAAUUUCAGUUAGAGAGUGUGUUUGUGCGUGCGUGCGCGUGUGUGUGUGUGUGUGUGUGUGUGUUUUUUUCAUAAAUGUAUGUGUGCAUCUUUAUACACUUCGGCUCUGUUCCAAAACUUAGCUCCCUUGCAGCUUAAUUUUUACAUAGGCAACUGUCUUCGAAGGGGCCGUUCACACAAAAUGCAUUUUUUGCAUCCGUGCUGUUUUUAUAUGUAAACAUGCACUAGAUGGACAUCUUUGCCCAUUGUGCCAUGUAUCGCUGUUCAGUGUCUUAAAUUUAGCACUGCAUUUUUAUGACAUUUUGUCAUGUUAAAAUAACUUGUGCUUUUAAAAAUACAUCUCGAGACACUUGCAUUCUGUUCCAUUUGUUACAUCAAGCUUUUUUUAUAUCUUUUAUAUAAUUUAUUUUAUAAAUUAUAUCUGGAACUCCUCUUAAGCAACACCCUAACUGAAAGUGAUUCAUUUGGAAUGCUCUUUAUUAGCAUAUCUGUGCAUCAUAUAAAUAGCACUCCCAUCGGCCAGAGACUGACCACUUGUAUUAAAAUGAAAUUGGAACACCCAAUAUGGCGGGUGUAGAUAAGGAAGUCUCGCCUUACUGGUUAAAUAAUCAAGCACCUUUAAGAUACAGACAUCCCCUGUCAGUUAGCUCUAGAACACGCAUGUGCAUUAUCUGGAUCAUUCUGAAAAAAUAGCUUCUUUUUUUCUUCCUCUCCUUGAUCUGAGAUAAAGAAGCACACUUUAUGAUACCCUUUUAUUUGAUUGUAAUCUUGACCAACUGUUUUGGAGAUUUUGGUCUUUCCCCAUUCAAGUAGAUAUGAGCAGUACUUCUGUGCCGCUUGUUUACAUAAAAAAAUAGCUUCUCUGGGAAGUUUCCAAGAUGGCUGCUGAGUGGACUGUCUUGCCUUGAAAGAUACUUUGGCUUGUUAGCAUGUUGCUAAAGUUAAGAUAAAGCUGCAAAACUGUAAGACCCCAUUUACAUCUUGUAUCAAGAUGCGUCCCGGGUGAUCCGAUCUCGUGCUCAGGAGAAGCACGUCGCUUUUUACACCUGGUCACGCGGAAACGUCUCAAAAGGGGAGGUUAUCUGAUUUCAUACAUCAAUCAAUAUGUCAGUGUGUUACAGCAUGGUAUUAAACUGAAAAAAGGAAAAUGAGAAUAAAAUGGGCGUUCUGUUUCUCCAAAAUGUAGUUGAAAUUUUCUUAGCACAAAUCUUAGCACAAACUCAACAUUUCGAGCAGAAAUGCAAAAUUUACACCUCAAAUGCAAAAUGGUCAUAUGCGUUUUUCACUACCUCCAUAUGUGGCUUUUGUGAUCCGAUCACAAAAUGUUUUUACACCUGUUUUUAACGCUGACCACUUGUGAUCGGAUCACCUGAAACGUAUCUUAAUACCAGAUGGAAAUUGGGUCUAAAAAGUAUUAAAAAAAUAUUCCAUAUUUAAAAAAUAUUUUAUCAUUACAUUUUGAUAUUCACUUUGAUAUUAGAGGUUUCCUCCUCUGCAAAGGAUAUAUGCGAUGUUGUCUUAGAAUUUGGCCAAAAGUAGAUAUCUUACUUUUUACCCUUUGGAACAACCUUUGUGUAAGGACCAAACCAAUUACAUAAAAUUCUGCCUAUGUAGGCAGCUCAUUAGCUUUUGGAACAGAGCUUCCUUCUGCAAGUCUGCAGUGAUGAACACACGCCUGCCAUCUCUUUCUAUCACCCUACGCACAAUACCCCUGCCACUCGUGACGCAUAUACACACACACACACACACACACACACACACACAUACCGCGGCCGGAUGAGGUACCUGAUGGACUGGCGGACCAUCAGACAGACAGGCAGAAUGCAUUUGAUAUUCUGUUUCAGGCCGGGUGGAUUGUCUUAUUUUGGAAGCAGCCUGGUAGGGGGCUUUCUCUGACUCUGCUUCACUGCUACGGCUUCAAAGCACCAAAUUAAUAGUCAACAAAAUAGUGCGUCUCUGCAUAUCCCAUGUGGGCUCAACCUAUUGAGAGUUAUCAUUAAGUUGAGGAAGAAAGAGAAGGGACGAGGGGGGGCUGAAUCCUGCCAGUUUAACCAACCUCAUCAAAUAAUGACCUCUGUAAUUGGGUUUUGCAUCAAACAGCGUAUAGAAAGCAAGUGUGCACAUUUAAGUGUGAUAGUGAUGAGAUUUGUCCUUGUUUUGCUCAUGUGUGCGUGGGACGGCUUGAGCAAUGGCACAGCUCUACAUUGCUUUCCUGCACCUGCGCAUGUAUAUGUGAGACAUCAGUUGGCUGUUUGUGUAAUGACUUGGUUGUGUGUUAGUGUGUUUUGCUGGCUCAGUCUGUGUAUAUGUGUGUGUGUUAGCUGUAUCUCUCUCCCUCUCUCUGUCUCUCUCCCUCUACUCGGGCCUGUCAGAUCCUCUCAGCAGAGUGUGGCUGGUGGAAAAGCAGCGUGGCUGCGGUUCUAUUUGAAGUUGUAAUGGUGUCAAAAAGUCAGAGCUGACUGACAGCCGUCAGUCCCACUGGGGCUCAUUAAAUCAUAACAACUUGACAAGGAAAUAAUUGAGCGCUGACGAUAAGUUGGAGCCCUUUUAGAUGUUUUUAUUUUCUUUCAUUUUUAGUUGUGGCUAUUACGUUCAUUAAGAAAUUGCAUUAA